AUGUCCGGCGCAAGUCAAUCUAGCCGACUCUCAAAAAGAUCGCGAGCCAGCGAUGCAGCGCAAAGUCAAGUAGCGCAUACAGACGAAAGUCGGACCAAGCGGCGUCGCUUUGCACGAAGAAAGAGUGACAGUGAGAAGGGCUCUGCAUUGCCUGUGUCUAAAGGGUUGCAAGAGUUGUCAGUUAUCGAUGGUAAUAUGUCUCUCACAAAUACCCACGAAUCCUCGCGUACGUCUUGGUCAUCGUCGCAGCUCGGGGCUGGACAAUAUACCGAUCUAGAGCCGGUUCUUACCCCGGAUGAAGAGUAUUUGUUCCUCGCAGUUGAGACGGCAAUCCAUAUCUACUCCACGGCCACUUCUCAUCUUGUUCGCACAUUACAAACACAACCCAAUCAAAGCAUAAUUGGAUAUAAACUCUGCCCUAUAAACAAGGACCAUAUUUAUGUGUUUACUUCGACCGGCUCUAUCAGCAAAUGGGAAUGGGUUACUGGCAAGCAGACUCUACAUUGGGAUACAUGCCGCAAGACCAGCUCUAUCGAUAUCAUCGAAGCUUCUGGGGAAUACACACGUAUUCUAUUUUAUUCCAUCUGCGAGCGGAAAAGCGGGAAGAGAGAAAUUAGGGUGUUCACGUUCCAUGAUGGAAAGCCGUCGGAAACAGUCGUACUCGAAACGGAUAUUCGAAUCGGUCGUAUAAGGGCUGCGCAACAGGGCCGAGCUGUUCUUGCCUAUGGUGGCCAAAAUCUUCUUCUCGGAAUUGCGGAUGGUUCCGGUUUUGACAGCGUGGAAAAUGUCCAAUAUACGUGGAGAGAGGCAAUCUUGCCUGUCAACAUCACUUGUCUCGAUGUCUGCGAAAACACUCGGCAAAACGUCCAAGAUGCAAAAGCCAGGAAGGUUUCGGAGCAGCUGGAUCUCGCUGUAGGUGAGAUGGCCGGGUCGAUCUUGAUAUAUCAAGAUGUUUUGGGAUUUUUUGUCAACAAUCAAGAUAUCCGUGACGGAGGGAAGAGUUUUGCUCCAAGGCGUUUACAUUGGCAUAGAGGCCCUGUUAAUGCGUUGCGUUGGUCGAAAGAUGGAAACUAUGUUGUAUCCGGUGGGCACGAAUCGGUCAUGGUACUAUGGCAAUUGGACACCGGUAGAAAGCAAUUUCUCCCUCACCUCUCUUCUCCGAUUUGCAACAUCGUCAUUUCUCCCACAGGAAAUUCAUAUGCAGUCAAAUUAGCGGAUAACUCUAUAAUGGUCUUGUCGGCAAGAGAGUUGCAACCAUAUGCCACUGUUAUAGGCCUGCAGGUGUCCCCGAAGAUGGUCAAAUCCAGAGGUCAAUUUGGCCCAAACGCAUCCUCAAGCGUCGCGGCAGCCGUACUGCAUCCCCAAUACCCCGAUCAAUUGUUAGUGGCGGUCCCAGCUUCCCGUCAGAUGUCUCAAGAUGGCCAUUAUUCGGCUAUCUCACCGGUCCUUCAAACCUACAACAUUCACACAAACAAUCAUAUUUCUCGGCAAGCCCUUGCACGGACCAACACAACAGUUCUUAAAAUCAGUCCAGAGGGUUCAGAAAUAACUACACCAGACAUCAAAUAUUUGGAUAUAGUUCAAGAUGGGAAAUGGAUGGCUACUGUCGACUGCUGGAGCCCGUUCCCUCAAGAUACUAAGGCUCUUGGCCUUAGUAACACUGGGGAUGGUAGAGCGAACAGCCGUGAGGAGACCUUUUUGAAGUUCUGGAAAUGGAAUGGUUCGUCAAAUUUGUGGGAAUUGGUUACUCGCAUCGAUGGACCCCAUUUCUUGGACAAUGGCCCAACGCCUAUUCUUGGCUUGGCCUCUCGGCCCCGCAGCAAUGAAUUUGUAACCAUUGGGGCAGAUGCGGUAUUGCGCGUCUGGUGUCCAAAUCCGAGACCGCUAAGCGGAUUGCAAACAGGACCUGACGCCGCGCAGCAGCUUGAGACUUGGAAAUGUCGGAGUAUAGUCGAUCUUAAAGGAAGCUCUGGCCCGAACAAAACCGACUAUCUUAACACAGCCUGUUUGACCUUCUCUGAAGAUGGAUCGGUGCUUGCGGUGUGCUUACCGUCAACUUCAUCCGCAAACCCUGGUCCUGUUCUUCUGCUUGACGCACAAAAGUGUACAAUUCGUUACAAUAGACCUGGGGCAUACUCUGAUGAUCCAUGUGCAGUUCGGUUUUUGGGACGUCAUCUUAUCGUGGCGUCGAAGCGUGCAGUCUCUGUGUGGGAUACGGUUGAUGACUUGAUUAGGAUUCCGGCGUCGCCGGUUGACGGUUUAUCCGCUGGGAGAUCGCAACCACUUCUAGCAGUCAGCCCAAGGACGCGCACGUUUGCGAUCGCCCUGCACGAUUUGCAACAAACGAAGAAAUCCCGCACCGCACAGUUCCAUGUUCAAGUAUACGAUAUCGAGUCAUUGUUACCAGUGUUUUCCUUCAGCGUCGGGAAGUGCCCCCUUGUGCUAACUUCUGACCCGCGCUCUGGGGAUUAUAUCAUUGUGGAUGCCGGAGCCACUGUGCAGCGAUUUGGUUGCCCUGAUAGGACUCCCCAGACCACAACACGCCCUCGUGAGUUACCUAGCCGUGUUGACUCUGGAUUGGUGGAUUUAUUCGGAAGUCAAACUUCUGCUUUACAAAAUACGGCCACGCUUGAUACAGAGAGGGCGUCUUCACAGUCUGGAGGGCUGUCUGGUGUUUUUGGUGAAGCACCCUCGUUUGUUCUGCCUCCAGCCAGUGUUCUUUUCAGGAAUGUUGUACAGUCUCUAUCUGUUAGGUGA